CUGAAGGCAAUGAGAAACCACAGUGUUGUCCCCGAGUUUGUCCUUCUUGGGCUGUCUGCUGGCCGCCAGACUCAGUCUCUGCUCUUCGUGCUGUUCCUGGUGAUUUACCUCCUGACUGUCAUAGGGAACCUGCUGCUGGUGCUGGUGAUCAGUGCUGAUUCUUGCCUCCACACACCCAUGUACUUCUUCCUGGGACAACUGUCCUUCUUGGAUCUCUGCCAUUCCUCUGUCACUGUACCUAAAAUGUUGGAGAAUCUCCUGUCUGAGAAGAAAACCAUAUCAGUAGAGGGCUGCAUGGCGCAGGUCUUCUUCGUGUUUGCCACUGGGGGCACUGAAUCCUGCCUGCUUGCUGUGAUGGCCUAUGACCGCUAUGUUGCCAUCAGCUCUCCUCUGCUCUAUGGCCAAGUGAUGAACAGACAGCUGUGUGCAGGGCUGGUGGGGGGCUCAUGGGGCUUGGCUUUUCUGGAUGCCCUCAUCAAUAUCCUUGUAGCUCUCAAUUUAGACUUCUGUGAGGCUCAAAAUAUCCACCACUUCAGCUGUGAGCUGCCCUCUCUCUACCCUUUGUCUUGCUCUGAUGUGUCUGCGAGUUUUACCAUGCUGCUCUGCUCCAGCUUCCUGCAUUUCUUUGGAAAUUUUCUCAUGAUAUUCUUGUCUUAUGUUUGCAUUUUGUCCACCAUCCUGAGGAUCAGCUCCACCACAGGCAGAAGCAAAGCCUUCUCCACCUCCUCCUCCCACCUCACUGCAGUGAUUUUCUUUUAUGGCUCUGGAUUACUUCGCUAUCUCAUGCCAAAUUCAGGGUCCAUUCAAGAGUUGAUCUUCUCCUUGCAGUACAGUGUGAUCACUCCCAUGCUGAAUCCCCUCAUCUACAGCCUGAAGAACAGAGAAGUGAAGGCAGCUAUGAGAAGAACAUUGAGAAAAUAUUUCUAGUGUUUCAAUAGACGUAUGAAGUCAGAAUGACAAGGGAAUGGGAUAGAUCUGCGGUAAGCAGUGCCUGGAUACUAAGAGAAUUCAUUGAUAUCAAGAUCUCCAAGGCCCUUUUCUGAAAAAUACUUAAGAAAUGGUAGAAAAUUUACCUUUUCUGAAAAAUAUUUAAGAAAAGGUGGAAAAUUGUUUUCAUGGGAUGAUACCAGUUCAGUCCUAGUCAGAGGAAGAUGGCUAAGAUAAACCUCUUGCUUAGCAAUUUUUUCUUACAAAGAUAUGUAUGUAUUAUUCACAGUAUGGUAAAUAUUGCUAUCAUCUGCUCAGCUUAUCUCUACCAUUCUUCUAAUAACUGAACUCCACAG